ACCGGUGCACCUCGCUCUCUGGCUUCUUCCGAUCCCUACCCCCUAGCUACUGAUUAUAUAGUACCAGAUGGAAACCUGUCAGGAGCUUCGGCAUAGGGCGGCGCAACGGUAGGUGCAGGUAGCAGCCAUGGCAACAGGUGCUGCGCUGAUGGUGGUGCUCAGCUGGGCGGCGGGUCUCGCCGCCGCGGCGUCGGUGGACACGUCGCCGGUGCCGUUCCAAGCCGGCUACAUGCCGCUGUUCGGCGGCGACAACCUCGUCCGGUCGCCGGGCGGCCGCUCCGUCCGCCUCAAGCUCGAUCGCCGCACCGGCUCCGGGUUCGUAUCCAAGUCGGCGUACCACCACGGAUACUUCAGCGCUUCCAUCAAGCUGCCCGACGACCACACCGCCGGCGUCGUCGUCGCCUUCUACCUGUCGAACGCCGACGUGUUCCCCCGCAACCACGACGAGGUGGACUUCGAGCUGCUGGGCAACCGGCGGGGCCACGAGUGGCGCGUCCAGACCAACGUCUACGGCAACGGCAGCACCUCCCGCGGCCGCGAGGAGCGCUACCUCCUCCCCUUCGACCCCACUCUCCGCCCGCACGCCUACGCCGUCGCCUGGACCCCCACCGCCGUCGUCUUCUACGUGGACGGGACGCCCAUCCGCGAGGUCGUCCGCGUGCCUGCCAUGGGCGGCGACUUCCCCUCCAAGCCCAUGUCCGUGUACGCCACCAUCUGGGACGGCUCCGCCUGGGCCACCGAGGGGGGCCGGUACAAGGUCGACUACGCCCACGCGCCCUUCGCCGCCGACUUCUCGCAGCUCGUCCUCGGCGGCUGCCCCGCCGCCGCCGGCGGCGGCGCGAGGUGCGCGGUGGCGGUGAUGACGGCGGAGUUCGCGGUGAUGACCCCGGCCAAGCGCGCCGCCAUGCGGCGGUUCCGGCGGCGGCACCUCCUCUACACCGUCUGCCACGACCGGUACCGGUACAACGGCACCGUCUUCCCCGAGUGCGACGACGCCGACGGCUCCGAACGCGAUGACUUCCACAGGUGGGGCGAGUCCAAGCGCGUGUCGCCGGGCCGCCGCGGGUACAAGCAACAGCAUCAGGAGGAGGAGCCGCGCGCGGACAAGGCCGCCGCCGGCCGGCCCAGCACGUGGCCCACGAUCGGAACCCUACGUGCAGACUAAAACUAAUUACCAGGUGACGAUGGGUGUGUGGUGCGUGCCAUUAGGAGAUUGCUGAAUUAGUUAGCUAGUGGACGUCGUCCAGGAUAUAUACGUGCACAUAGCACGGUACGUAUAGGUGUUUCUGACUCUGCAUUUUCAAGGUGCAGAAAGAUACAGAGAUACGUACAGUCGAUACUGUCAUGCAGGCUUAUAAUGGAUGAUCGUGGUUCCAUUUCCAUA